AUGAACAGCUCAAACAAAGAAGAAUUAGCCGCAAGGUUGGCACAAGCAGAAGAAAACGUAGCCCGUCUAACAAGAUCGACGGCAGCAGCAACAGGUGCACUCCCAGGACCAGCUUUAGCUCUACCAAGCAGAGGCAAUGGGAAAAAGACCGCAACGAAGGAAACGGUCAUGGAAACUGUGGAGGAACUAGAUGAAGGCGAUGAAGAUGGUCAACCGGUCGAUUACGAUCUGUUACUAGCGGAAGAGUUGAUUGGUUCGGACGAAGAGGAUGGAUCUUACCAACCGGAGGAAUCAGGGUCGAAAGGGAAGGGUAGAGCAGCGUCUGUAGAAGAAGAGGAAUCAGCAAUGUCAGAAGCAGAAGGAGAUGAAAUGAUCCGGAUGCAAGGUGAAAUUGCCGAAUUAUACUCUAAGCACGAGUGGUCCAAGGGUGCAGCACUCCUCGCAUACUACUCAGAUACGUUCCUGCAAGAACCAAGAAACGAGAGGGGGUCAGCACCCAGAAACCCAACGCCCGGCCCAAGCGUGAGAAGGAACCUCGUACAACAAGCUGCCCCUAAUCCGUCACCACCUCAACAAAGGGAGAAGACCCCAACGCCCGAAGAAGUAGAUACACUAGCGGAAACGAACCGAGCCGGGGUAUCGAGAAGGAGCCCUUACACCUUGAUCCAGGAAAACUUGUCCAACGCGGUCUCCGACAUCCCACAGACUUCUAGACACCGCCAGAUGCCUGGACGCCCACCAUCACCUCCAUCAAGCCACGACUCCUCACCAUCUCGGGGAGGACGCCCCACACUUCCCCCUCCACGACAAAACCAAUCUCCAACACCACCACUUUCCAGACGUCGCAACUCACCGGCAUCAAGACGUGAACCGGUAGACGAACCGAGGGCUGGGAGAGACCAGGUGCCGGCUGAUAGACCAAGGGACGUAACGAGGCAAGAACGCGAAGCCGCUGGACUAGAUGCUGGUAAUUCAGAGGAAGAGUUGGCGAAGGCAAUGUUGGAAUCGGGGAAAGGUCGAAUGGUCCUGUCGAAUGGGGACGUGAUAGAAAACGGGAGGCGAAUCUUGAACGACGACUCUGAACAGAUGGAGAGGAUACUUACCCCGCUAUCCCAAGUCUUACAAGUGUGGUUGAAGACUUUCAAAGCAUACAUUCCUCUGACGGUUUUCAACAAACGGUGGCUUCGAGAAGAUCAAAAAGAGUGGGAAGUUAAGGAGCCGCAGACAGAAGCGAAGAUCCUCAAAGGAGGCGCAAACGUGAAAGCAUACGGAGGGAAACCGCCCCCCGAGGAACUCUUGAUGCAAUUUGAAGAAUGGCUGGAUAGUAUGAAGCUGUUCGUUCGGUACGUUGAGGAAGCAGGAUGGGUUACUCAGGCCGAAAGGUUUAGGUCGCAUAUGGACAUCGUGAUGGACCUACGCGAUAACACUGGGUGGAUGGUAGCCCUGAGAUAUUGUAGGAGGAUACGUCAAGGGGUUAUGAGAGUGACAGUUGAUCAGAAGAUAUGUAAUAUCUCAAAGCUCCAAGUCAGAAUCCUGGACGAGGUGAAGCAAGUGUGCGAGAAUCUGGGGGAGCGUGCUUACCAGACAAAUCCGCACGCACCUGGAGGCCCAAAGGAUCACAUAGAUCCGGAGAGUGGACUGGCCCGAUCCUCCUCCUCAACCAGCAACGCGAAGAAAGGUCAACCGACAGAAGCUGCUAACUAUGAACUCAGUCGGAAACCGAAACGGAAAUGGCUACCAGACGACGAGUGGGAGGCAAAGAAAAAGGCCGAGAGAGCGGCAAGAAACUCGAAAAGAGAAGACUGGGGGAAGGCAGCCGGGCGUUAUGCAGAGAAAGCUAACUGGAGAGACGAGAAGAGGCGUGACAGGAGCCGUAGUCGCAGCAGAGACAGAGGAGGCCAAGGCUAUCGGUACGGAGGUAAAAGCGGGAAAGGCCGAUACUAG